AUGCCGAAGAAGCCCGUAGUAGAAAAGAAGCAGGAGAAAAAUGAUAAGUUGAAGAAAUCCUUGGGCGCUGCGAUAACCCCAGAACCGUCGGCUUCAGACGAAGAAGACGAGCCUGAAGAGGUGAUGAUGAUACAAACUCCAUGGAUGCAAGUGUACCUGGCAUACAUUACAAGGAAAGAAAUACCGGAGGACCCAAUGGAGGCGCGAAGGUUUAUCAGGAGAUGCAAAGCAUUUACAGUGGUUAAGGGAGAGCUAUACAAAUGCAAUAUAUCAGGCGUCCUGCAGAGAUGUGUCACACCCGAAGAAGGACAAUUAAUACUCAAGGAUAUACACGAUGGGAUAUGUGGCCACCACGCUAGCAGCCGAGCAAUUGCAGCCAAGGCUUUUCGAGCAGGAUUCUACUGCCUUUCAGCCAUAGAUGACGCAAAGAAUAUCGUGUGCACUUGUGAAGCAUCCCAGAGGUUUGCCUCCAAGCCACACGCCCCAGCAGCGAAGCUAAUGCCAAUACCUUUGGCUUGGCCAUUCCCCCAAUAG